AUGUCGCAAAAAAUGCAAGAAAUUCUAUUUGAACGUAUUGAAGGAGAGACAUCGCAAGAGUUGGAAAAAAGAUUUGAGGUGUUCUAUCGGACGAGACAUUAUUAUAACAAUUUUUGGGAUGAGGAUCGUUGUUCAGUGCAAAGCGUGGUAUUCAAAAGAAAUAGUGGUGUUGGACGGGAGGUACGCAUUCGGGUUUAUGUAGGAGCGGUGGAAGGAAAAUUUGCGAAUGGAGCGUAUAAAUCGGCUGAAAGGUCAGGAGGCG